AAUUCUUCAGUUUCUAAGUCGGCUUUUAAUUUACCAGAGUAAUAAUUAUUUCCAUGAGUAUGGAUUUAUUUAAGAUAUUUCUUUUCUUUCACCUAAUAUCAUCGAUUGUACUAAUUGGGCAUAUGCAUGUGAUCACUAAUAGUGACAAAGAAAUAAAUUCUGAAUCUGUUGGAGAAAUCACGAGUGUAGAAAAUAUACCAGAAACGAAUAAAGUUAAGAAAACAGUGGCUAUUAAAGACAGAGAACAUCUGUGGACUUUGGGUGUUAUUCCUUAUGAAAUCGAAAAUAAUUUCACUGAAUCACAACGCAGGAUAAUAAAACUGGGGAUGCGAAUAUGGGAAGAGUCAACCUGCAUUAAAUUCGUUGAGAGAAAUUUAAACACUCCAGAUUUCAUCGCUAUCGUUAAAGAAGACUGUGGUUGCUGCUACAUAGAAAACAUCCAAAGAAAUAAAGGACGCAGCGUACUAAGUUUAGAUGACGGCUGCGACAAGUUACCGAUAGUUCUUCAUGAGCUGGGCCAUGUUGUGGGCUUCUAUCAUGAGCACGAGCAUCCAGAUCGUGAUCUAUACGUCCAAAUCAUGGAGCAUAAUGUUGAGCGAGGUCAUCGCCAAGAAUUCGGAAAGUAUUCACAUGAUGAAGUUGAUACUCUGGGACAGCCCUACGACUAUCGAUCCAUCAUGCACUACCCAAAAAAUGCGUUUGCACGAUCUGAUUUCAUGGAAACUAUUAUUCCUUUGCAACCAGAUAAUGGAACACUUCCAGUACUUGGAAACAGAGCCAGACUCAGCGCUUAUGAUAUUGCAGCUACUAAUCAUCUAUAUAAAUGUCCAACAUGUGGAGGUUUUCUAACUAACAGCAGCGGAAGUAUUGAACUACCUGAAAAUAACAGCGAAUAUUGUGAAUGGCGAAUCAGAGUUGGGCAUGGAGAACGAAUCUCCCUCAGAAUUGAAUCAAUGGAUAUUCAAAGCACUGCUGACUGUAAAACUGGAUACGUGGAGGUUCAAGUUGGAUUCAACAGGAAAAAUAGUCAAAUUUUCGGCCCUUACUGCGGACAAACAUACGAUUAUAGAAUCAUUGCAACUGAAAGUAUAAUCGUGUCUUACGUCAAUACAAAUAAAAAUAUCAGUUCUAAAUUCAAGGCAGUUUAUUUAAAAAUUUGUGAUGCUGAAAUUUCGUUACGCAACAAUCAGAAGACUUACUUAGAGUCGCCUAACUAUCCGAAAAAUUACAAAUCAAAUGAAGAUUGUUUGUGGCAUCUAAAAGCGCAAGAAGAUCAUGUUAUACAAAUUCAGUUUGAUUUUUUUAGCCUUGAACCCAGUAAUGACUGCGUUAAUGAUUACUUCAGAGUAGGUAAUGGCUACAAAUAUAAUUCCUCAAUUAUUGGAACUUACUGCGGAACGAAAAAUCCAUGGACAAUUACUUCCCAGGAUAAUUCGGCUUACAUUAAAUUCGUUAGCAAUCCUUAUUAUGAACAUUCUGGCUUUUCAGCGUCAAUUACCGCGAUUCCAAAUAAGUAACUUAAUAAAUUGAAGUUUAAAAUAUACAUUGUAUUCCGAUAGAUU